AUGAUAACAAAGUAUCAAAUAAAAACUCAGGAAGAAAAACAACAACAACUAAUCUCACUUGCGGAAGAAAUUAUCGACGAAUACAUAAAUACCUCAGCCUGCCAAUUUAACAAAUUAAUCGAUUUUAAACUAAAGAAACAAUGCCUCGAGUAUCUCACAUCAACCGAAACAUCCCUCAAGAAUACCAACAAAUUAACGCCGACAUCCGAUGCGGAUGUGAUCCAAAAAGAAUUAUCGGACAACGGAAAUAUUUCGAAGAAAACCAACGAAAUAACGGAAGAAAGAUAUGGCAAUUCCGCUAUCACUGCUGUCAAUGUGGAAGUGCCGAACCACUUGGAAACCUCAGACAAAGAGAUGGGGAAGAAAAGGGAGACUAUAUUGCCAACACCCCAAAUGCGAGGAAAAGUAUCAAAAGGAACAGAGAAGAAGAAAAUCAACCAUGGAGGAAAAGACCCAGUCCGAAUCUUCAUACACGAAAUUAACCCUAUAUUAUGGAGCGAUGUAGUAAAAGGGAAAAACGUAGUUUUCUCUCCUACUCCCAACGAUAGUGAGGAAGAAACAGCAGAAUACUAUGUAACUCAAACCCAGAAAUGUUCGUGUUGCCAUGGAAAGUGA